UUCAGGAACGUACGCAUUGUAUUAACAGAAAUGUUUCCAUUUCGGGUACCUUUUGGUAUUAAAUUCUUGUCAUAAAACCCUCAGGGCUCCGGCCAGCCCGGAUCGAUCACAGCCGCCCGUCUGUAAAUCCGACGGCCGGAAUCGCCCGAUCCGUUGUGCCUAUCAACCCUACAUGCACUCGCCUCGCUCCCCUCCUCCCUUAUCUGUCUCGAUCCCCCCCAGCUGCUCUGUUUCCCAUCUCCUCGCCGUGGCUCCAAGAAUUGAAGAAGGUUUAAUGGCGGAAUCCGUGGUCGAUCGCGGAUUACGGCGAGCUCUGAUGUAGAACGAUGGCGCCGUUGUUCUCCGUUCGCUGGAUUCUCGAAUGAGUUCGAAGUCGGUGCCACUGGACGCGUCCGGGUUCCUCUCCAGGAGAAUGGUUGGUCCCGGAGCUCCGGUAUUGGGGGUUUUCUUGGUCAGAAUCGUCGUUUUAAUGACGAAUAUUUGGAUCUUUUUAGCUUAAACCUCGUGUUUCCGGUUCCGGGACUGUAUUUUGAAGCUUUGGAGCUUCGCAGGCGCUUUCUCUCUCUUCUUCGUGAGGUUUUUCUCUCUUUGUUUCGUUUGCUUAUUUGGUGCGUAAUGGGCACUGAGAGUCCGGUGACGAUGUUGUCGGAGAUGGGAAUCAGGUCUCUGAUGGGGAGCGGAGGAGAUGGAUUUAGUGGGGAGGAUUUGAGGUUGCUGCUCCAGGAGCAGAGGAGACUGGAGUCGAGUGAUCGAGAGAGGGGGCCGAAUCUUUGUCGUAGCGACUCUGCUCCUCCAACUGCGGAGGGGUCGCUGAGGGCAAUCGGAGGGCUUUUUGGCGGGGACGCUGCUGCCGUGCCGCCGGAUAUCUUGAGAGCCAAGAAGGGCAACGGGUUCUCUACGGAGGAGGAACUCCGGUCCAAUCCAGCCUACUACUCUUACUACUAUUCGCUUGUAAAUCUGAACCCCAGGCUCCCGCAGCCGUUGCUGUCGAAGGAGGACUGGCUGUCCAUCCAUAGGUUCCGGGCCGGGAGCUCGGGACUUGGGGAGAUUGGGGAUCGGAGGAAGGCUGAUAGGGCAGCGGAGGAGGCCAGCAGAUUGCUCUUUUCGAUGCAGCCGGGAUUCAGUCUAAAGAAAGAAGAUCGUGAGGUGGAGCCGAGGAGGGCGCCAGGUUCUGAUGAGUGGCUGGACGAUGGAACAGGUGGGCUUAUUGGGCUGCCGGGAAUAGAGCUUGACAGGCAGAAGAGCUACGUGGACAUUCUUCAGGAUGACCUGGUCAGCUCAACUUCCAUCUUGGGGCGCCCAUCUCAUGCAGCCAGUCGUGAUAAAUUGGAUGAUGGGGCUCAUUCACUAGGUUCUGCAGAAGCACAGUUUUCUUCACAUUGUGAGAUAGGACCUGCGGAUGGCCUGCAAUCUGAUGGCAAUGCCCAAAAUAUGGAUGUAAUAAAAAAAAAUGGUUUACUGACAUCACAUACAUUUUCAUCUAUUUUAGGCUCAUCUCUUUCGAGAAGUGCUACUCCUGAUCCUCAGCUGGCAGCAAGGACUCUUGGCCCUGGCCUACCACCAGUCGGUGUGAAACUCAGAGGCAUUGAAAAGAAGGCUAACAACGGUUCAUGUUCCUUCAAUGGUGUCUCAUCUGGUACUGUUGAAUCUAAUGAUCUUGUAGCUGCUUUAUCUGGUUUGAACUUGUCCUCAACUGCAUCGAUAGAUGACAACGUUAUAGUGCAAUCAAAGCUGCAACAAGAGAUUGAUGAUCACCAGAGAUUUCUUUUUGGUCUGCAAGGUGGUCAGAACCAUAUCAAGCAGCAUCCUAAUCCAAAAAGUUUGGAUCCAGGACUUUUAAGUUUGCCCUCAGUUCCACAAUCAGUUAAGUCCUCAUAUCGUGAUUUGGAUGAGAAUGCUGGGCCUGUAGCAGACCUAAGCAAUUCAACUUUAAGGCCAAAUGGGCUGAUGGAAGAGAGCAGCACCACUAUUUCUUCUGCUAAUUCAUAUCUGAAAGCACCUUCUGCAGUUUCAGUUGCUAGUCUAGGUGGUUCUCCUUCUCAGUAUCCAAAUGCUGCAAAUGCAGCAUUUGCAAGCCAUGGAACAGGUGGGUUCUCCAUGAAUUCAACAGCACCAUCGAUGAUGGCUAAUCAUAUUAAUGCAAGUAAUUUGCCCCCACUGUUUGACAGCGCUGCUGUUGCAUCUGGAAUGGCAACUCCUGGCAUGGACUCCAGCGCUGCAGGAGGAGGUUUUUCUUCAGAAUCAAAUUUUAGUGGAGCAGCUGACUUGCAGAAUCUCAACAGAAUUGGGAAUCACACAGCGGCAGCUGCUCUUCAGAUGCCUAUCAAUCCACUUUAUUUUCAGUACUCAAAAGCAGCUGAAUAUGCAGCACAGGUUCCAGCUAACUUUAAUGAUCCUUCCAUGGAAAGGGGUUACCUGGGCAAUUCUUAUUCAGAUUUACUUGGAGUCCAGAAGGCUUACCUUGGGGCAUUGUUGCAACCAUGGCAACAGUAUGGUAUGCCCUCUGUAGGUAAAUCUGGGGGCUUAAAUCAUGGGUUUUAUGGAAACCCUGCUUUUGGCCUUGGUUAUCCAGGAAGCUCUUUAGCAAGUCCUGUUUUUUGUGCUUCUCCAGUAGGACCUGGUAGUCCUCUUAGGUACAGUGAGAGCGACACAUGCCUUUCUUCUGGGAGAAGAAACUCAUCUAGACGUGUCAUGGGUUCUUGGCCAUCAGAUGGUAUAGGCACAAUGGAGGAAAAUUUUGCAUCAUCACUUCUGGAGGAGUUCAAGAGCAACAGGACCAAAUGCCAUGAACUCUCUGAUAUUGUUGGUCAUGUUCUUGAGUUCAGUGCUGACCAGUACGGUAGCCGAUUCAUACAGCAAAAGCUUGAAACAGCCACAACUGAAGAGAAAAACAUGGUUUUUGAAGAAAUCAUAUCUCAAGCUCUUACAUUGGUGACAGAUGUUUUUGGAAAUUAUGUGGUCCAAAAGUUUUUUGAGCAUGGAAAUGCAACUCAGAUAAGUAGAUUGGCUGAUCAGCUCACUGGCCAUGUAUUGGCACUCAGCCUUCAGAUGUAUGGCUGUCGAGUUAUCCAGAAGGCAAUAGAAGUUGUUGAUUUGGAUCAACAGACUAAAAUGGUUGCUGAGCUGGAUGGCCAUGUCAUGCACUGCGUGUGUGAUCAGAAUGGGAACCAUGUUAUUCAGAAGUGCAUUGAAUGCAUUCCUCAGGAUGCAAUCCAAUUCAUUGUCUCGACUUUCUACGGUCAAGUUGUGACAUUGUCGACCCAUCCAUAUGGCUGCCGGGUCAUACAGAGAGUAUUGGAGCAUUGCCAUGAUCCUAAAACUCAAGAGAUCAUGAGGGAUGAGAUUUUGCAAUAUGUUUGCAUUUUGGCACAAGACCAGUAUGGGAAUUAUGUUGUUCAGCAUGUAUUGGGGCAUGGAAAGCCUCAUGAGCGAUCUGCUAUUAUCAAGAAGUUAGCCGGACAGAUAGUACAAAUGAGCCGACAGAAGUUUGCUUCAAAUGUUGUUGAAAAGUGUUUAACUUUUGGUACUCCUGCAGAACGUCAGAUAUUGGUAAAUGAGAUGCUUGGUUCCACUGAUGAAAAUGAACCUCUGCAGGCAAUGAUGAAAGACCAGUUUGCGAACUAUGUUGUGCAGAAAGUAUUGGAGACGUGCGAUGAUCAGCAGCGUGAGCUGAUCCUCUCACGAAUAAAGGUCCACUUGAAUGCACUAAAGAAAUAUACUUACGGAAAGCAUGUAGUUGCACGUGUAGAGAAACUUGUUGCAGCUGGAGAAAGAAGAAUUGGAGUUCAGUCCUUGUAUACAUCUUAGAAGGCACAGGGCUUGUACAGCUAACAGAGGUGAUCACAAGCUCUGUUUUCAAUUAUCUAUCCAUGUAGACAGAUAUGAGUUGGUUGGUACUAAAUUAAUUGCUGGAGUGAGAAUUGUACAUUCUGUAGUUUGAAGUUAUGGGGAAUUAUGUGAAGGCUGAGGCCCUUGGAGAGGAGAUAAAUGUUAGAACAAGUUUUCAUGGGUGUAAAGAAAUGAUAAAGGAAAAAAGAAGGGUAGAGUAUGUUAAAGUAGGGGAUUCAUUUAUUUUUCUUAUGGUAUACAAUUUUUUAAUUCAAGUCCCUGGAGGAUGUAUAUUUUAGUCUA